GACACGUGGGCGGCGGGGCUGGUGCGGCCGCCUUCCGCCGGCCCUGCACACUCGAGUGUGCGAAUCUGUCAAUCCUCCAUGCUCCUCAGGCCGCCGCUCCCCCUCCCCGUCGCCGUCAGUUCCACUCCCCCACUCUUCUCCCGUCUCGCCGCCGUCCGCCGUCGGAGCUCGAUCGCCGCCACCGGCAUGGCAGGGGUCUCCGCGGCCUCUCCCGCCGCAGCGCAAAUCGGCAGCUUCCUCUCCAAGAAGCCCUACGCGCCGCCGUCCUGGGCCUCGCACCUCGCCCUCGCCCCUCCCCACACCUUCUCCCUCGGCCAUUUCCCAACCCCGAUUCACAAGUGGAACCUGCCAAAUCUGCCGGAGGGCACUGAAGUAUGGAUCAAGCGGGAUGAUCUGUCCGGUAUGCAGCUGAGCGGGAACAAGGUCCGGAAGCUCGAGUUUCUGCUGUCAGAUGCCGUCGCGCAGGGUGCAGACUGCGUUAUCACUGUCGGUGGUAUCCAGAGCAACCAUUGCCGUGCGACGACAGUGGCUGCCAAGUAUCUCAAUCUUGACUGCUAUUUGAUACUGCGUACUUCCAAGCUUCUUGUGGAUGAGGACCCUGGUUUGGUCGGCAAUCUCCUUGUUGAGAGACUGCUGGGAGCACACAUUGAUCUUGUCUCAAAAGAAGAGUAUGGGAAAAUUGGCAGUGUGGCUUUAGCCGACUUGCUUAAAAAGAGGCUUUUGGAAGAAGGACGGAAGCCAUAUGUGAUUCCUGUUGGUGGAUCCAAUUCACUUGGAACUUGGGGAUAUAUUGAAGCAGUAAGAGAGCUUGAACAACAAAUUCAAUUAUCUGGUGAUGUCCAGUUUGAUGACAUUGUUGUUGCCUGUGGCAGUGGUGGAACUAUUGCUGGUCUUGCUUUAGGAUCAAAAUUGAGUAGCUUAAAGGCAAAAGUCCAUGCAUUCUCUGUUUGCGAUGACCCUGAAUACUUCUAUGAUUAUGUUCAAGGCCUGAUUGAUGGACUACAAUCUGGCUUGGACUCACAUGAUAUAGUCAGCAUUCAAAAUGCUAAGGGCUUAGGUUAUGCCAUGAACACAGCUGAGGAGCUUAAGUUUGUUAAAGAUAUAGCUACAGCAACAGGCAUUGUGCUUGAUCCAGUCUACAGUGGGAAGGGAGCAUAUGCAAUGCUGAAAGACAUGGCUGCUAAUCCUUCCAAGUGGAAUGGGCGGAAAGUCCUCUUUGUCCACACAGGCGGUCUUCUUGGGUUGUAUGACAAGGUUGAUCAGAUGUCAUCUUUGGCUGGGAGCUGGCGCAGAAUGGAUCUUGAAGAAUCAGUCCCGCGCAAAGAUGGCACUGGUAAGAUGUUUUGAUUGCUAUGCUCCAGAAACCGCUUCCAUUAUGCGUUGGAGUUCCAGAAAUGUCAUUAUUCUUAAGAGUAUAUGCUCUUACGUUUGUGAAAGAAAAUUCAGAAUAGACGGCUAGCGUGGAGUGAAAUUGUUGAUAUACAAGAGUGAAGUGCAUCUUUCUGCCAUUUGAAAAUAAAGCUAUCUGUAUUUCUUAUUUAAA